AUGUUCGAUGAAACUCUCAUCUCUCAACCAGCGGCAGACCCUGCCGUACCCUCCAGUCUCUUCACCCCGUCCACACUCCCCUCCACUCUCGCGCCGUCCGCCGACGUCCGUCAUCGAUUGUUCAACAUGGACGACACGCAAGCUCUUGUGAUCGACAACGGAUCCCGCAUGAUGAAGGCCGGAUUUGCCGGAGAUGAUAAGCCACGUGCAGUGUUUCCCAACGUUGUUGGUCGUCCUCGCCAUCCCGGUUUGAGACUAAUGGGCGACAGAGAUGCUUGCGUUGGUGAUGAAGCCAUGGCCCAGCGUGGAAUGUUGACGCUGACGUAUCCUAUCGAUUACGGUAUUGUGACGAACUGGGGCGACAUGGAAAAGAUUUGGCAGCACACCUUGGACAAUGAACUUCGUGUCGACCCAGAGGAGCAUCCGGUGCUUUUGACUGAAGGUCCUCUAAAUCCCAAGGCGAAUCGCGAGAAGAUGACGCAAAUAAUGUUUGAGACUUUCCGCGUGCCGGCAAUGUAUGUCGCCAUUUGGGCCGUGCUCUCCCUGUUCGCCAGUGGUCAUACCACUGGCAUUGUUCUGGAAUCUGGAGGUGGUGUGUCCCACGCUGUUCCCAUCCACGAAGGUAACGCUCUGCCGGACGCGACUCUCCGUUCGCAUCUUGCCGGUCGUGAAUUGACUGAUUACCUGGUUGUGCUGUUGAAAGAGUGA